AUGCGGCUGCCAGGUCUGUCAAAGUCGGGCCGCACCAAGUCGCAACACAUCGCCCGCUUCGAGCAUCCGCAUCCCGGUGAGUCGCUCUUGUCCAGUCUCUACAUCUGUCCCGUGCCGUGGCGCCCAAUAAUGCCCGUCGCGCUGGAGACGAGACAGCACGGCAUGAUCAUCGUCGUUCUAGGGGACGCGCAGCAGCCUGGAGCCGUCGGGUCCGUCUCCUCACUGCGGCCUGGCCCCAUAGCAUCACCGCCAACCCAAUUCAAAACUACUGCACACGACCGCGCGACCCCAAAGUGGUCGGGACUGGAACCGUCCCAGCGUUGCCAUCCCUGCACCGUCCCCCCCUCCACUCCACUCUCCCUCCGCCCCGGCUCCUGAUCCAGUCGCAUGAAACGUGAUGGAUCCCAGGUUGAUGGACUCGUCGAUGGACUAUUGAUGGUUGAUCCAUUCGUGUUGAUCCAUUCCCUGCUGACUUGCCCAUCGAUCUCCCGCUCUCGCCCUCCCAUCCCCCUCCGCCCCCAUCCCAGUCCCAAUCUCAGACACCACCCACCACCACCGCCAGGGCGACCACCCGUCUCGCACGCAGCGCAACUGUCAAGGAGCGCGCCAACCUCCCUUCCCACCCAGGUUCGUCCCCUACCCUACCCUACCUUUACCCUCUACUGUUGCCCGCUCGGCAUGCAAAGGCGCUGCCAGGGAUCACACGACUUUAACGUGACCCAACACCACAGCAGACCGUCGUUCAAUAGCUGUCAUCCCAAGCGGCGGCGACUUCACCUCCUCGCUGUCCGCGCACGACCACUCCACGCCGCCCAACGCCCACCCUUCUUCUCAGCAGCCGGCGCUCAUCCUCACCGGCGCUGCACUUUCGCAUCCCCAUACUUUGCGACAGCGACACGGCGGCGGCGGACGCAGCUACAGCAACUCGGCCGACUACUACCAUCACUCCUCCUCCACCUCCACCUCCACCACCCCCACGUCCGCUACCCGACCAGCAAUCCCCGCCCGAAGCCAUCCCUAUCUAUACGACUCCUACUCACUCCCAAGUCCGAGCCCCGACAUCAGUCCUCUGCCUGCCUGGACCCCGAAUUACGAGCAGCUACCCACCCCGCAGGAGCAGGAGCUUGACCACCUACACUACCAAGGCGACCGCCGUGUCGACGAGACUUCGUGGUACAUCGCCGGCGACGACAGCGCGUCCUCCAUGACCGCGCACGCAGCAAACACGCCUGGCAAGACGUCGUCCGACUCCGGACAUACACAAGCAGCCCUGGAUCGAUGGAGCCAGCGUCGGCUGCAGAGGCUGAACACUGAGCAGGGCUUCCGCGAGCAGCGACAGGCAGGACAUGGCAUGCUCAGCAGCCCGCAGCCAAACCCAGGCCCGAUAAAUUCCACGGCGGCAGCACCUGAACAGCAGCUGGCGACGGGUUAUAACCCCUCGUCCGGUGCCCACUCGCAACAGUACGCUGGAAAUAGCUCGGACGCUGCGCCACAAUUUGCGCACCACUCGGCUCAGCCGCAUUCUGCACAACAGGCCAGUCAUCAGCAAUCACGCACGGGCCCUGCAACGCAGCAGCAGCCGAACGUGGGUCUGGCAACCUCCAGCGCCAACUCCAGACUGCAUCAUCACCAGCACGACACGCAGCAGCAAUACAAUCCGCCCGAGUACGCUCAGGAUUCCUCCCGCCCCCUCCUCCAGUCACGCAGCUUCUCCCAGCAAACCGACGACUCGUCCAUGUCGAACAAUGGCGGCCUGACCGCCGCCAGCAAAAGCCGAAACGGCAACGGAAACAACCGCCAGAGCAUCCACACUGGCUUGAUGUCGAGAGAAGGAUCCCACUCCGCGCAGGGAGGACAGGUCCCCGCCUUCAAUGCAUCAGUCGUCCCGCCGGGAGGCCAGGGCCAGCCUUACAGCAAGGGCCAACAACCACAGCAGCAGGGACCGAGCCAGAGUGGAGUUGGACGAGGAACGCCUCAACCCUUGCAAGUCGGCAGCGAUGACAUGACAGAAGAAGAGCUAACGCAGCUCGUGAAGGACCACAAGGAGCUCCGUAAGUUCAUCUCCACAUCUCAAGCAUGGCAAACUCGUACCUAACCAACUGGUGAUCACGGCUACAGGCGAGAAGUACACCAAAGUAAAGAAGUACUACUUUGAGAAGGAGGACCAAGUGAAGCAGCUUCAGAACAGCCUCGCACACCAACGGCUGUCGCAGUCGAAGACAUCGCUCGACGACAGCGAAUACACCACCCGCUUCAACCGUCUUGACGGACUGAUAGCCCAGUUGGCUUUUAGCAUUCGGAAGAGUUGGAAGAGCAUCCCGCAAUGGCUAGUAAACUCGGUCAACAGAGAUGCCGUCGCUACCGGCAAACAGGAGAUGACUGCAGCAGGCCGAGCUUUCAUCUCAUGCUGGCUCGUGGAGGAAGUCUUUGACAAGUAUUUCCAUCCCGACCUGGACCCGUCUCUGUCGGCACAGCUUAAGAGCAUUCAGAAGAACAUCCGCAAGUUCGCUCCCAUCUCGCAGACUGCGGAGGAGGAAGACUACCUCAUCUCGAAAGUGGUCAACUGGAGAUUGGCCACGUUGGAGGGACUACAAGAAUCACUCAGAUCUCCAUCAUGCCCCGAGAACCGACAGAAGCUUACAGACACCCUCAAGGACAGCCUGGUCAACGCGCUCGCUGUACAUCUACAAGCCCCGCCUCCAUCAGAUCUCGAAGGCGGAGUUCACAUGAUCGUCGAGCUCGUCGUGAGUAUCGCGAUACAUCUGCCCUUGGAGAGCAGAGAUGUCGUCAUCGAAUACUUCAUGCCUGGAUACAGCAUCAUGAACGAGCAGAUGAAGAUCGAAUCCGGCAUUCCGCCCCUCACCACAUCUGUCGCCGACGAUGCAGCGGAGAGGGCAUCCAUGAAGAGCGCCACCAGCGAUGUGACAGACAUGGCCGAGAGCAGUAACGCUGACCAGCCAAAGAAGAGGAGCAUGCUGAGUGCAUUGACGGGCAGCACCGGUAAACCAAAGGCGCAAGGCAAGCAUGCCGCCGCGGGCGGUAGCAGCAGUAGCCUCAAUCGGCCCGAGAGCUCGCACAAGGAGGAAUUGCCACCGCGCGUGCGCAUGGCGGCUGGCAUUGGCGUUUCAGUGCGAGGACGAUCUAUCCUGGUCAAAGCGCCGGUGUUCAGCACUUGA